AUGGACGAGUUCAACAAUACGGACACAGACAGCGAUUAUACGUCGUUUUGGAGAGAUUGGUUUAUAUCCUCCCGGGGCAAUGAAUAUUUCUGUGAAAUAGACGAAGAGUACCUCACGGAUCGCUUUAAUCUGACUGGUUUAAACACCGAAGUCCAGUACUAUCAGUAUGCCUUGGAUAUGGUGACCGACCUCUUCGAUCUGGACGCAGACGAUGACCUACGGGAACAGAUCGAGAAGUCGGCUCGACAUCUGUACGGACUGGUUCAUGCAAGAUAUAUUGUCACCACGCGCGGUUUAGCGAAAAUGCUUGAAAAAUAUAAACGCGCAGAUUUUGGCAAAUGUCCUCGGGUCAUGUGUCAUCAACACCCCCUUCUACCUAUGGGCCAAUCUGACCUCCCCGGCCUAAAACCCGUCAAGCUCUACUGUGCAAAAUGCGAAGACAUAUACAACCCCAAAUCAUCCCGCCACGCCGCUGUUGACGGUGCCUAUUUCGGCUCAUCGUUCCACAACAUCCUUUUCCAGGUCUACCCCGACCUAAUACCAGAUAAGUCACGAGAAAGAUACGAACCUCGUGUUUUUGGGUUCAAAGUCCACGCUUGUGCAGCUCUUGCUAGAUGGCAAGAUCGAAAGCAAGAGGAGCUACUUAACCGGUUGCACAUGUUAGAUAUCGAGAGUCCAUUUAUUGAAGAUAGGGAGACGGAGGAUGAAGAGGACGAAGAUGAAGAGGAAGAGGAAGAGGACGAAGAGGACGAGGGAGGCGAUUCAAUAAUGAAGGAAGGCGCAAUGGAAACGAUACCAGCCCAUGCUUGA